CUGGUGCUGGAGUUGGUGGUGGUGUUGGUGGUGGUGGUGGUGGUGGUUGUAGUGGUAGUGGGGCAGGGAUGAUGAGUAGUACUAGCAGGUCGCCAUUCACAGUGUCUCAGUGGCAGGAACUGGAGCACCAAGCUCUGAUUUACAAGUACAUGGUGGCUGGUCUUCCUGUUCCUCCUGAUCUUGUUAUCCCCAUUCAGAAGAGCUUUGACUCCAUUUCCCAUUCCUUCUUCCACCACCCUGCCCCUUUCUGCUGUUGUAACAAUCUUGCUGUGAGUUAUUGUUCUUUCUAUGGGAAGAAGGUGGACCCGGAGCCAGGACGAUGCAGGAGAACUGAUGGGAAAAAGUGGAGGUGCUCUAAGGAAGCAUACCCGGACUCCAAGUACUGUGAGCGACACAUGCACCGUGGCCGCAACCGUUCAAGAAAGCCUGUGGAAUCACAAUCUAUGACACAGUCAUCAUCCACUGUGACAUCACUGACUGCUACAACUGGUGGCAGCAGUGGAACUGGAAGUUACCAGAACCUUAACACAAUUACCUUUGCUAAUCCUCAAGGCACUGGUUCUGGAGCUGAACAGACACAUUAUCAUUUGGAUUCUAUCCCCUAUGGGAUUCCAAGCAGAGAGUACAGGUAUCUUCAGGGAAAUAAAUCAGAGGGUGGCGAACAGAGUUUCUUUUCCAAAGCUUUAGGAAGCAACAAGGAACUUCGGAUCGAAACGCAGCUGGAAAACACUUUGAUGCCAACCAGAGUUGCCUCCUUCUCAACAUCAAGAUCAAACAACAACUCCAUUUUGCAGGGUGAUUAUCUGCAGAAUUCAUAUUUAUCCGACGAGCAUGCAUCGGGUGAAUCUGUGAAGCAUGAGGGUCAGUCUCUUCGACCUUUCUUUGAUGAAUGGCCUAGGAGCAGGGAUUCAUGGUCUGGUCUGGAAGCAACUCAGCUGUCCAUGUCCAUUCCUAUGUCGGCGUCGAACUUCUCUACAGCCAGCUCUCAAUCCUCGCAUGGCGAGACUAAAUAAGCUCAAGUGUUUCGGCACGUAGCCACCAACAGCAUAUUGUUGCAGAAAACUAAGAACUAUGUAUUCAUGUUUUUCAGCAACUGUCCUUGUUUCUCAGUACUGCCGCAUCAAUGUUUUGUCAGGACCGAACACAAAACAAGUUAAUCAGUUAUGCUUGCUCCAGUUAUGUCUGGUUUUCCUUGUAUUUUCUUUAGUCUCUUUAGCUUUGAGGUUUGUGCCCUUUAUGCUGAGGAAUUGUCUACAACUGUAUGGAACCUCAUCUAGUGGGUGGAUUUUAUAUAUUCCUUCAACAAUUUGCAUGUAAUGAUUUAAUGUAUGUCGUAUGAAUUUGCUGCUGUUUGUCGUGAAUGAAUGCAUACUAUUUCCUUUUUUGCA